AUGGCAGAUCCAUACAACACUUACUCACACUCAACGCCUGCGCCGAGCGGGGUUGGCUACUACCCACCAGAGGAUCAGCCGCAGUACCCGGAAUAUGGCCACCAGCAGCCAUAUGGGAACCAAGAGACAUAUCAUAACUCUGGAUCAGAGCAAUACAACCCCGGAUCAGAGCCUUAUGAGCCCACUCCAAACCCAAACCAAACCUAUGCUCCACAGCAAAGUUCAUAUCACCUCGCGCCCGAGCCAUAUGGAUCCUCCAUGGAGAGAAGCUAUACGCCGACAGGGCAGCCAGACUACCUUGGGCCAGUGACUCCGACAGGAUACGAACAUGUGCAAGACAAAAUCCCCGAGAACGCAGGAUACUACAAUGACCAUCCAGCAGACCAACCACGGUACACACCCUCAGGUAGUCCCCACCCUCCCGCCGUUCAUGUAUCGGAGCCAGAGGAUUCCCAACGCAAUGGCGAACAGCGCUCCGAUACUGACACCGAUACUGACCGGGGUAUGGACCGUGGGAUUGGGGGUUCGCUCGCUGGCGGCGUGGCGGGCUAUUACCUCGGUCAUAAGAAGGAACAUGGCUUGCUGGGUGCGAUUGGUGGUGCUCUACUCGGGAACUUUCUGGAGGACAAAGUGAAGGAUCACAAGAAAAAUGACGAUGAUAGCGAACAUGAGCAUGAUCACGAUGAUCAUCAUCGCCGUCGUCGUCAUCACCAUCACCACCACCACCAUGGCCAUGGCCAUGGCCAUCGCAGCCAUUCGAGGGACAGUAGUCAUAGCGGUCAUAGCGGGCACUCUCAUAGUUCUCGUCACACCAGCUACUCAAGGCACCGCCAUGAGGAUGAAUACUGA